CUCUCAACUCUCCUGCAUGAAAAAGCCAAUGUGCGAUCGAACUCGAACAUUCUAGUGAAAUAGGGUGCUUUCCUCGUGUUGCUGAUAUCCCGUGAAAACAUAGAAAUAUUUUUCAGUUCUGAUCGUGUGAUCGUCUUUGUUUGUGCUCAGUUUAAAUAUUUUAUGAACCAUGAGUGAUAAAGAAAAGGCAACCUUACUUAAAGAUCAAGGAAAUGCUGCUUUGAAUGCUGGGAAGUUUGAUGAAGCUAUACGGUUCUACAGUGAGGCUAUCAAGGUGGAUCCAAGCAAUCAUGUUUUAUAUAGUAAUAGAAGUGCUGCAUAUUGUAAAGCUGCAAAGUAUGACGAUGCCUUAAAAGAUGCUGAAAAAACUAUUGAACUGAAACCUGACUUUGUUAAGGGAUAUUCUAGGAAAGGGGCUGCUUUAGCUUAUUUAAAAAAAUAUCCUGAAGCUCUUUCUGCAUAUAAUGAAGGGCUGAAACAAGAUCCUAAUAAUGAGCAACUUAAGGACGGAAUUAGGGAAGUUAAAGCUCAAGCAAGUGAAAUGGCAAAUAAUUCAGGAUUUCCUAAUCCAUUUAAGGGACCUGAAGUAUUAGAAAAACUAAGGAAUGAUCCUAGAACUAGAGACUUUUUCAAUGAUCCAUCUUACAUUAAACUAUUAACUGAUCUACAGUCAAAUCCUACUUUAAUGGUGGAAAAGUUGAAAGAUCCUAGGGUUAUGACUACUUUGAGUGUCUUAUUAAACAUUGAUCUUAGUAAUGCUAAUAUGCAAGAUGACGAUGUAGAUAUGGAAACACCACCUCCUCCCAAAUCUGAACCUUCUAAACCUAAAGAUGAACCAAUGGAUAUCGAACUAACCCCAGAAAAGAAACAAGCAAUUGAAGAAAAGGACAAAGGAAAUCAGUUCUAUAAAGAUAGAAAGUUUGAAGAGGCUCUAGAACAUUAUAAUAAAGCUAUUGAAUUAGAUCCUACGGAAAUGACUUUCCUAACAAAUAAAGCAGCUGUCUAUUUUGAGCAAAAAGAUUAUGAAACCUGUAUUAAAGAAUGUGAAAAAGCUGUUGAAGUUGGUCAAGAAAAUAGAGCUGAUUUCAAGAAAAUUGCUAAGGCUUUCUCAAGGAUGGCUUCAGCAUACAUGAAACUGAAAGAUUAUGAAAAAGCUAAAACUUAUUACCAAAAGUCUCUAACUGAGCAUAGAACUCGUGAUACUAUUAAUAAACUUUCUGAGGUUGAGAAGAUACUUAAAGAAGAAGAAAGGAAAAAAUAUCUUGAUCCAGAAAAAGCUCUUGAAGAAAAAAAUAAAGGGAAAGAAUGUUUCCAGAAAGGCGAUUAUCCUGCAGCCAUGAAGCAUUAUACAGAAGCUAUAAGGCGAAACCCUGAUGAUGCCAUUUUGUACAGUAACCGAGCUGCCUGUUAUCAGAAAUUAGCCGAAUUCGCAUUGGCUCUAAAAGAUUGUGAAACUUGUAUUAAAUUGGAUCCAACUUUUGUGAGAGGCUAUGUAAGGAAAGGCAUGGCUUUAAUGGCCUUAAAAGAGCAUGCUAAAGCCUCAUCUACAUUCCAAAAAGCCUUGGAGAUAGAUCCAAAUAAUCAGGAAGCAUUAGAUGGAUAUCGAAAGUGUAUCUCGCAAAGUAGUAGUAAUCCUGAAGAAAUCCGAAAGCAAGCCAUGUCUGAUCCUGAAGUUCAACAAAUUUUAGCAGAUCCUGCUAUGAGAUUAAUCUUAGAACAAAUGCAGAAUGAUCCCAGAGCUCUCCAAGAGCAUUUGAAGAAUCCUGAUAUUGCUGCUAAAAUUCAGAAACUUUUAGAAUCUGGACUCAUAGCUAUUCGUUAACACUCAGAUAAGACCUAGUCCUUCUGAUUUGAUUCCAUUUAACAAGUUCAUUUUUCAGAAUGUAAUCUUUAAUUGCUAUGCAGACAUUUCUUCAUUCUCAUUUCAUGUGAAGAUAAUAAAGCUGAGACUUGCACAUAAAAUAUUUUUGUUCAACAAACUUAUAUCAUAACUGUACCAUAAGCGAGCCAAACAAAAACUACAAAUAAACUGUUUAUUACUUCAGUA